CCUCCUUAAAAUGCUAUCGAAAUCACAGUGAUUCCUAAUAGUAAAUUAGGAAAACACAACUGUAGUUAUGGGAUAUAACAAACACAGUGGAAAAGAUAGAGGAGGGUCCUGUCAACUAGGCAUUGAUAAACAGGCUACGGCACCCGGAAAAUAUUUGAAAAAGUUACUUUUUAAAUAGUAUUAAGUGGAAAAGCAAUUUUAAAUUCAGUGUUUCAGGAAUAUGGACUCUUAAGAACGCGUGUCUUAUAGAGGUUAAACAUAAGCAUGGUUUUCCUGUGCAUGAGAUCUAUGAGCCAUUGUUUUUGUAAAUGUAUACUGCGUAUAUGUGUAUAUACUUAGGUACUGUGUUUACAGAUGCAAGUAAUCUCUGUGAUCGCUUGACUUUUUCUAAAAACACGUCCCAAGCUGUAAGGUGGUUUUAGCUUACACUCCUCACAUUCCCUUUGCCAAGCUGCAGAUGUGAUGGCUUCGCAGCACAUGUUUAUUCUCCUUCAGGAAACACAGAUAAAAGCACAAGCAUGCAAGUAGCAGUUCUUUAUGAACAUCUGCAGGACAAGUGGAUUGUACAGAGCAGGUGGGAGUUAGGAGAAGUGACUCCAUGCUGUGACCUUGUGUGCAAUCUUGUCCUGAGUCCGGUUUACUCAACAGUCUCUUUCCCAGUCAGAGUUAGCCCUGAGAAGGUUUUAGAGAGCAUUACAGUCGCCUAACAAAAGCAGGCAUUUUGUAUAUUUCUUACAAGCGCUUUACUAGUUUUAAGGAUGUUUGGCAUCUGUCACCGAAUCUGUCUGUUGAACAGCUUCCUUUAGCUGGGUUCAGGAUGUACACAAGGGUUGGAGGCCAUCAGCUGAAAAUCUGUACAAUGCCAGUACUGUUUACACAGCCUCCAAAUUGUUAGCAGUGUUUGGAGAAGGAAAUUACAGUUUGAAGAGGCUACCGAGAAGCCUUUUAGCUAGUGCCCUUGGCAUAAUUUGUUUGAAAGAGAAUCCCCAUUCAUUUUGAAAGGUAUACAGUGAAAUAUGACCUUAGUUAUAAAAUCUAGUUUUUCAGUUUCCUAAAGAUAAGCUUUAAUACGUUUAGUACUUUGCACAUAAGCUUGCCUCCUGCAUAACAGUUCUGUGGUGAGCACAGGUUUGCUGUUGGUGCAUGAAAACAUUUGUAAUAAUACUGUUGAGUUCUUCAUUGAGAAGUAUGCUACUGCAGACUGGUAAUGGCACACCCCUUGAUCUAGGGAGUCCUAACAGUAUGGUGGGCAUUUGCUUUAAAUUAGGUGAGAGAAAGUUAUUUCACAUGAAAAAAAAAAUUUUUUUAAAGUACAAGGCCAGUGAAAUGGAGUAUAAUGUUAUAGAAAACCAGGAGGUACUCCAUGGGAGGUUUGUCUCCUUGUUCCAUGAACUGUGUCUAAGCAGCCAUUUGGACCCAAGAAAUGUCUGCUUUAAUUCUAAAACCCUUGACACCUAUGAGAUUUAACUCUGUGGUCAGUGAUUAUAUGAGUAACUAAGAAACUGGAGCUCCUGAGCCUAGAGCGUGACCUAGCUGAGUUACACAGAAAAGGUCUGACCACUCAAAUCCUAGAGACCCUUCAGUUUCACAAAGGAAAAUGGGCACAGUUGUUCUCUUGUGAUGCUGUGGUCUCCAAGUCUUAUUUUCUGAACCAGUUCUAUACUUCACCAUGAGGCUGCCAUAAAGAAAGGCCUUUCCAGCCACUGCAGUGCUUAGAGAAUAAACGCUCGGAUUCCCUGUCUCUGUGCUUGUGGGCGUUCAGUAUGGUUCCCCAUUCUUAUAUGUGCUCGCCUUAAAACCCAGCAGCUAACCUGGUGGUCAGAGCAGAGGACUAGGUCUACUGGAGAGGAGAGGGAGGGGCCAGGGAAUGCUUCUGCUGCACAAUAUAAGGCUUGAGCUCUGGACGUUACUAGAUGGUCACCGCAUGGAUGUGGAGCAGAGCUUCGCGAAUGGUGCAAUCUGAGCUGUCCCUUGCCAGGGAAGAGCAGGUGGUAAGGAGGCUGCAGGACUGUGUGUGGCCCAGCAGGGUGGGGGCCUGGAAGGAUAACAUGCCGUGUGAGGCACCUGGGCUUCACUCAUGGGAAGCCGCCAAGCCCCUAAACCUAGGCACAGAUGAACAUAAUGCAGAGUAGCAACCUUGUGGGUGGAUCAGGAAGACCCCAGCCAUGACUAUGAAAAUGGUAACAAUUCCAGGCUAAAGUAACAAGGAUGAGCACAGGGAAGGAAGAGCCACCUGAGACUGGAGGUUCCCUGAUGACAGAGCAGCCUCUGGGGCUGGGGGAUGAAGAGGACACAGUGCCUUGGGUGACUGCCAAGUGUUUAUCUUCAAGGCCCAAGUUCCUUCCACCAGCAAAGAAUGCAAAAGUAAUACAGUGUAAAACAAGGUUUGCUCUCCCUGCUCAUGGACUGUGGCUAACAAAGGAAGCAUGGUCAUGUCAUCUGGUUAACCUUCCAGCCAGCCCCACAGAACCAGGGCUCAAGGUGACUCUUCCAGUUAUUUAUUAGUCUGUCAUGUAAUAAUCCUCCUGCCUCUACCUCUGAAGAGUCUUGAUUGUAGAUGUCUGCUGAUUUAGAAACAUACCACACUGCCAUUGACUGAACUGUCAAGAAUGGUCGGUCUGUUUGUUUGUUUGUUUGUUUGUUUACUUUUUUAUAUUUCUAGAAGCAUAGUAGAAGUUAAAAGUUAGGACUGGAGAAGAUGGCUCAGCAGUUAACAGUGCUGGGUACUCUCCCAGAGGACCCAGCUCAAUUCCCAGUACCCACACAGCUCCCAUGCCUGUUUCUAACUUCAGUCCCAGUGCUUCUGUAUAUCACACAGACAUACGUGCAGGCCAACACAUAAAAAUAGAUUCUAUUUUAAAAAGGUGAAAGUAAAGGACUUUUAAACCUAUCACACUUUACAUGCCAUGGGUUUGGAAACUUGACCAGGGCAUCGAGGGAAUAAAAGAAGGGCAGACGCAGACACACGUACAUAGAGGGUGUGUGCUUUGACCGAGCGGCAGCAACUACUGCAGCAGCCUGGGACUUAGCUUGUAACUGUACAGCACAGAAGAGAGGUUGCAGCCUUGUGGGAGGUGUCUGCGGGUGAGCAGCCAGGCUGUCAACAGCCAGGGGGAGGAGCUGCAGUUGCCAGUCAAUCAUUUACAAACACAGCACUCAUGGACAAAGGCCUUCUCGGUCCUGAGCUGUGCCCACAUCAGCACCCCCUGGCUCAGGACGUCCUCGGCCCCCUCCAUGAAGCGUUGUGGGUCUGGAAAAGCCAAGACCGUGCCUUGGGCUUUUCCAGAAUGGAAGCAAAACACUUUGGUGUAGUAAUUUAGAGAUUGUGAGGUGAAGUGAUGCGCUUUACAGUUACUGUGGCCCUGUGCAUCUGGGUAUCUUGGAGCAGCAUUCUUGAAACAAGUUUGUGUACUUGCUCCAGAGUCAGGAAAACAAGAAACAAAGCUGUUUUCAGAAACUCCAGUAAGUGGCACACAUGGAGGACAGGCUAAGUUAUUGCCAUUAUAUUUCCAAGUGUUAACAACUUGGCUGUGGUUGGGACCCCAUUUAUUUUCAGGUUACCCCUGAUUAUUAUUGGUUACCUAACUAGAAACGUAUGUUUAAAAAUCUUUUGGUGUCUGAAAGAGAAUCUUUAAAGAGUGAAGUCCUGAGCUUUUGUGUUUUAUCCGUUAUUGGAUUAAGUUAAUUUUAAGUUAGAAGCCUGAAGUAGUGUUCUAUUUUAAGAGAGAAAACAAUAUAUUUAGGUUUUCUAAAAUAAAUAAGAUAUUUAUUGCCUUUACUCUGUAAAAUGUUGAUUUUCUUUUUAGAUAGAUAUGUGAUCUGAAUGAAAUCUCUAAAUUGUCCUUAAACUAAAUAUCUAGCUCUUUAAGCUCAUGUCCCUUUUCUUCCACAUUCAUACCCUCCUUUAUUAUAUUGGGGAUGUUUGUACGGUUUGAGGAACUUUCUAAAUUUCUCUGUUUAGAGCUGCAGAGAUGGCCCAGUGGGUUAAUGCUCUCUGCACAAGCAUGAGGGCUGUGCUCGGAUGCCAGCACCCACAUAAGAAGGGUGUGGACACAAAGUCCCAGCAGGGAGACCGACAGCAGAGAAGGCUCCUACUGGGAUUGCAGGGUUAUUGAUUAAAACACCCUCUCUAACAAGAUAGAAGAAACUUACCUAAUGGAAUUGUUUAGUCACUCAUUUACAUAGACGUUUUGAGGCAGGGUCUCACUGUGCAGCCCUGGAUAGCUCAGGAGGAAUUACGUCUUCAGGACACAUUGAGAAAUGAGCCUCUGCUCCUUUGACUUAGGGUUUGUGUGCAGAGCCGUGUGCGAUGUCAGCACAUGCAGAGGCUGAUCGACCCUGUAGAACCAGGGGUCCCUCUAGCAGGUACCUUGGCCUUGCUGGCCAGAUGUGUAACAUCUGUACUGGCAAGUGGAGAGAGGCUGUAGGACUCUAUGACUUCAGACCAGCAGUGUAUGUUUUUGUCCGUUAGUUUGUCAUUAUUCCUGGGCAUCCCUCGAGGCAAAGCUUAGUCCUUGGGACUAAAUGUCUCCUUGCUCUCCCAGACCUGAUACUCAGAGUGAAGGUGGAGAUGCACUGAAGCUAUCUGAGGCUCCUGGGAAGCAAGUGUGAGCUGCUGGGUUGUCAAAGGACAGUCUGUUUUCUUAGACGCUGUUAUGUGGGGUUCAAAACCAGACAGUACUGGUGAGUACCACUGAUGACAUUUCCCAAAAGAUAGGAUAGAUGCAGGCUUGGAAUAGGUACUUCUGCCAGUGGGAAUAUAUUACUGAGCUGAUCUUCUCAAGGUGACAGAGAAGGGUUUGUCAUCCAGGGACUGUUAGACAGGUGCCAAGAUCUCCCUUUUGACAUUAAAUACUUCUGUUUUGUUUUGUUUUGUUUAAGAUAGGGUUUCUCUGUAUAGCCUUGGCUAUCCUGAAACUCACUCUUAUAAACCAGGCUGGCCUCAAACUGAGAGUUCUGCCUGCCUCUCCCACCGCCCCCCCCACCCCACCCCCCACCCCCCCAGUGCUGGGCGUGUGCAACAACAUGGUGACAUUAGGUGCUUGUGCUCCUCAUACUCCCUCUAUGUAAGCAUAGCCCAGCUUACUGGGGAAUCACGUGUGUUUCUAAUGAAAACAGUGCAUAUCCCAGUGCAUAUUUUACAGGAGGAGCACCAGGAGGUCAGAAGAAGGCAUCAGAUCCUCUAGAACUGUAUGUAUUUAUAAGUUGUUGUGAGCCACCAUAUAGGUUCUGGGAACUGAACCUGGAUCCUCUGCAAGAACAGCCAGUGUAAAUCGAAGGUCUAAGAAAAUAGUUCCAGCAACCAUACCAGACAUGUACCUUAAGAAAUAAUCAUCAAUAUAGGCAAAGAGUAUUUCAAAGAUUUAUUUAUGUGUUUAUGUGUUUAUAUGCAAACCUGAGUAACUUUAUGUGCACUGUGUGUGUACAGGAAGCCAUGGAGGGCAAAAGAGAGUGUCACAUCUCUUGGAUCUAUGUUUCAGGUAGCUAUGAGAGGCCAUGUGGCUGCUAGGAACCAGACCUGGGUCUUUUGCAAGAGCAGCAAGUGCUCUGAACGACUUAGCCAUCUUUACAGCCCCCAGGCAAAACAUUUACAUCAUUCAUAUAUAUAUAUAUAUAUAUAUAUAAUUUUUUUCUGCCUUGUGCUAGCAGAAUCUCAAAAGACAUUUAAUAUAGUGUAGAGAAAAACAGUGUAAAUGUAUAAGAGCAUCUAUAUAACAAGCAAUAAAUACUGUUCUAAAAGAAUAUUUAGUAGCAUAAUGCUCAGAGUAUAAUUUGUAGCUUCACACUUUUUUAUAAUAUAGCACAAUUAUCCUAUUAUAGUUUAGAAUAUAUUCUAGUACAUUAGUAUAACUCUCCUCUUACUAUGCUUAGUUUACAAAUUAGCCUUUACUGUCAUUGUGUAUAUAUAGGAAAGUGCAGGGUAUUUAGAGAGGAAAACAUGUUCCGAGUGUGUUGAUUACACAUUUCAGCAUCCACUGGGGUAUCAGACCAGCUCUGCUGUGGAAAGAAGGGACCACUGCAUGUAAAUUAAAUCAUUCUCCCUACCGAGCAGCUUUAAGGAACCUUCUGGGAAGUAGACCCCAUUCUAGGCCUUAAAAGAAGGCCUAGAGUAUUCUAAUCAACUGCCACAGAGCUGGUACCCUAAAGCAACAGAAGUUUAUUCUGUAAGCUGACACUUAAGAUUGCUCCUUCCAAGAGGCUUGGGAGAGUCCUUCCUUGCUGCACCAGUACUGUGCUGGCUGACAGCAUCCCUGGGGUCUGAGGUUCAUCACCUGCUUCUUUGUUCACACUGCUUCUUUUCCCUCUUAGUACCUUCUGUUACAAGGAUAUAAAUUCAUUUUCCGAAGAAAUCACAGAGUCCCUCAUUUAAUCCCAGCUCUAGAAACUACUUCCAGAUAAAAUAGCAUUUAUAAGUUCUAGAGAAUAUGACAUGAAUAUCUUUUGGGAGCCUUUUGUUUUAACUUAUCACAAAGUAUCAGUGAACAGUAAAAUCUUAAAAUGAUACGAAUAUGUUCAAUUUCUUGAUAAAAUGAUUAAAUUUAUAAUCACCAGAUAAAUAUGAAAAAUUACACAUUUGGAAACUGAAAUUACGGACUUCUAAGGAUUCAUUAAUCAAAGAAGUCACAAGCAGACUAUCUCAAGCUGAAUGAACAUGAAGGCACCUUUCAGAAUUAGAAAUUUAUAGGCUUAAAUUCUUAUAUUUGCAAAGAUGCAAGUCCCCAAAAAAUGUUUUUACCUAAGCGUUCUCAAAAAGUAGCAAGAAAAUUUGGUAUAGUUGCCCACCUGUGACUUCCACGCUGACUUUGAAAGAGCUUGUGUAUGUGCCAUAGACACCUAUGCGUCAUCACUACAGAUUUUAAUACAAUGAUACACACGAAUGUGCAAAAGAAAAUUGUGGAAUUGAUUGUCUCUGGCUGGUGAAGCUGCAAGUGGCUUCCAUGCUUUUCCUACCUCUUUACACUGCACUUAGUCAGCAAGUUGGCUUCCAAGCCAGAAUCACUUAUCCCACCUUUUCACAAGGGUACUUUUUAUUAUUUAAAUUAUUUAACGCCUUGAUCGAAGACAGCUUCCCCUCCCUCCUCUCCUCCCAGCCCCCCCCCCACACACACACACCUCUCUCCUCCCCUCUCCCACCCACUUCUCCUCAGAAAAGGGGAGGCCUCUCAUGGCUAUUAGCUACCAGCCUUGGCAUAUCAAGUUUCAGGAAGACUAGGCGCAUCUUUGGAAAAGGGGUCUAAAGGCAGGCACUGUAGUCAGAGACAACCUUUAAGACUAAGACCCUGUCCUUAGUCCCACAUGAAGACCCAGCUGCACAGCUGCUACAUAUGUGCAGAGGGCCCAGGUCUGCCCCAUGUGUGCUCUCUGGUUGCCAGUUCAGUCUCUGUGAGCCCCUGCAGGCCCAGGUUAAUUGAUUCUGUAGGUUUUCUUACGCAUCUUUGACUCCUUUGGCUCACAAAUCACUCUUUUUAAAGGUCUUUUUUUAUUAUUUUUAAAUAUAUUUUAAAUAAAUAUAUUCAUGGGUGUGUGUGCCUGUGAGUGCAAUUGCUCACAAAGUUCAGAAUAGGGUGUCAAAACUAUAGCUGGAGAUAUGGCAGCUUCGAGCCUCCGAGUUACAUGAGGCCUGGGGACAGAACUCAAUUCCUCUGCAAGAGCAAUACCUGCUCUUCACCUCCAAGCCACCUGUCUAACCUCCAGAAAAUGACUCUUCCUCCCACAAGCUAUUCUGAAAACUUGGCCACUCGUUCAUCUGUUCAUCUCACUGGUACCCCAGUACUUCCUGUGGGAGGAGACUUGUGCGGACACAAGCAGGGACUGUAGCCCCAAAGCACAAGCUUGGCUCUUGAUCCAUCUUCAGAUACCUUUUUUGGGGGGUGGUUUUCGAGACAGGGUUUCUCUGUGUAGCCCUGGCUGUCCUGGAACUCACUUUGUAGACCAGGCUGGCCUCGAACUCAGAAAUCCACCUGCCUCUGCCUCCCGAGUGCUGGGAUUAAAGGUGUGUGCCACCACGCCCGGCCCUAGAUACUUUUUUAAUUCUUGUUUUAUGCAUGUGAGUAUCUUGCCUGCAUGUAUGUCUGUGCAUCUACCUUAUGGCUAUAGUGCACACAGAGACCAGAAGAGGACAUCAGAUCUCCUAGAACUAGGAUUAUAGACACUUGUAGGCCACCAUGUAGGCGCUGGGGUUAAGCCCAGAACCAUAAAGUCAUUUCUCCAUCCUCACAGUUCCAGGAUUUUUGUCCACGUUUCUGUUAAAAGUCACAAUGACAUGCUUAUUGGUUGCUGUGCCUGUGAGCAUAUAUCACUGCUGUUCUGUGUGGGAAGCACCCAGUGGCCAGGGUGUGUACACCAAGAUGGACUCAGCACAGCCUUAACUUUGGGAGGAGGAAAAGGGGUGGUGGCAUCUUUCAUGUAGCUCAAGUGCCUCAAAGUUGCUUCUCCUUUCUCUCCAUUCCAAGUGCUAGGAUAUCCUGCAUCUACUGCCUUCCUGGGUGUUCAGAAAAUAACCCCUGGGGGCUGGAAGAUGGCACCGUGGAUAAGGUGCUUUGCAUUGGGAGCCUGGGACCAGUUUGUGUCUCCAGAUUUUGUGUUCAGUCUGGGUGCGAUGGUAGGCAUCUGAUGCCAGCCCUGGCAGAGGAGAGAUGGGAGGAUGGAUGGAUGGAUGGAUAGAUGAAGCUCUCCGCAGUCAUUCUAAUGUAAACAGGGGGCUCUGGGUUCAGGCGAGCCAGUGUCUCAGAAAAGAAGAAGAGAAAAUAAUAGAGGACAUCGCCCUCUGUCCUACACACACACACAUACACAUAACUGUGUCCUACAAUAACACAUACAUGCACAUACACAUCACCCUGUAUCGAACAUACAUACACACACGCACACACACAGACACACACACACACACACACACACACACACACACACACACACACAUACUAACACACAUCUUUUGCAAUCAGCCCCAGUAGCAGUUGGUCCUGGUUUUAUAUUGUCAGGUUCCCAGAGUAGUGAUUACACAAGGCAGUCUUUGUGAACUCCAUGCCAGAAAGCCGGGGCAAAGUGCUCUGGACAAAGUUCAUCUUUUCUUGUUCUGCCGGGAGAGCAGUACGGCAGGUCACCCUCCUAGAUCCCAAUUAUCUCAUGGCUAACGAACGCAUGAACCUGAUGAACAUGGCAAAGCUGAGCAUCAAGGGCUUGAUUGAAUCGGCUCUGAAUCUGGGGCGGACCCUGGACUCUGACUACGCACCUCUCCAGCAGUUUUUCGUGGUGAUGGAACACUGCCUGAAACACGGCUUGAAAGCCAAGAAAACUUUUCUUGGACAAAAUAAAUCCUUCUGGGGGCCUCUAGAGCUGGUGGAGAAGCUUGUUCCAGAAGCUGCAGAAAUAACAGCGAGUGUAAAAGACCUCCCAGGACUCAAGACACCAGUUGGCAGAGGAAGAGCCUGGCUUCGGUUGGCAUUGAUGCAAAAGAAGCUUUCUGAGUAUAUGAAAGCCUUGAUCAAUAAGAAGGAACUUCUCAGUGAGUUCUAUGAAGUCAAUGCCCUCAUGAUGGAAGAAGAAGGAGCUAUUAUCGCUGGUCUCCUGGUGGGUCUGAAUGUCAUCGAUGCCAAUUUCUGCAUGAAAGGAGAAGACCUGGACUCUCAGGUUGGAGUUAUAGAUUUUUCGAUGUAUCUCAAAGAUGGAAACAGUAGUAAAGGUAGUGAAGGGGAUGGACAGAUUACUGCGAUCCUAGACCAGAAGAACUAUGUAGAAGAACUCAACAGACAUCUGAAUGCAACUGUAAACAACCUUCAGACAAAAGUAGAUCUGUUAGAAAAAUCCAACACUAAAUUGACAGAAGAACUUGCCGUUGCCAACAACAGAAUUAUUACCUUACAAGAAGAAAUGGAACGAGUUAAAGAAGAAAGCUCCUAUCUACUGGAAUCCAAUCGGAAGGGUCCUAAACAAGACAGAACUGCAGAAGGGCAAGCGCUGAGCGAAGCCAGAAAGCAUCUAAAGGAGGAGACACAGUUAAGAUUGGAUGUCGAGAAGGAGCUGGAGCUGCAGAUCAGCAUGAGGCAGGAGAUGGAACUGGCUAUGAAGAUGCUGGAGAAGGAUGUCUGUGAGAAGCAGGAUGCCCUGGUGUCUCUGCGGCAGCAGCUGGACGAUCUCCGGGCUCUUAAGCAUGAGCUCGCCUUUAAACUGCAGAGUUCAGACCUAGGAGUGAAACAGAAAAGUGAAUUAAACAGUCGCUUGGAAGAAAAGACCAAUCAGAUGGCUGCCACCAUUAAACAGCUGGAGCAAAGAUUGCGCCAGGCUGAGCGAGGCCGCCAGUCUGCUGAGCUGGACAACCGGCUCUUCAAACAGGACUUUGGAGACAAGAUCAACAGUCUGCAGCUGGAAGUGGAGGCGCUCACCAGGCAGCGGACUCAGCUGGAGUUAGAACUGAAACAAGAAAAGGAGAGGAAGUCACAAAACAGGGGCACCCCAGGGAAGGGGGCCCAGAAGCCAGAGCUGCGCAUGGAUGGGAAGCACAGAAUCCAAGAGGAAAACGUUAAACUAAAGAAGCCGCUGGAAGAAAGCCACAGGCUUCUGACUCACCCUGCAGAGGAACAGGGUCAGCCUUCGCUCUCUGAAAAGCCACAGGUGUGUCAGCUGUGCCAGGAAGACGACAGCCUGACAAAGAACACGUGUAGAAACUGCAGAGGAACCUUCUGUAACGCCUGCACAACAAAUGAACUGCCUCUUCCGUCAAGCAUCAAGCCUGAGCGAGUGUGCAAUCCUUGUCACGAGCAGCUGAUAAAGCAGUACUCCAGCAGCCCACCCUAAGACGGAGGCGACACCAGGCCAGAGUGUUGAUGCCGGGCGGGCCUUGCUCGCACAUGGUAGACGCAAGGUGCCCUGGAACCCAGUCUUUAGAACCAACCCUAGUUGGUAGGAAAGACAGAAGUAAACCAGGUCGGUGUCUAGGGGGAAGGCAGAGCUCAGAGGUGCUCUGACCUUUGCUCAUCUUCUCUAAUGAGUGCGUAAAUAAAAGUUGCUGAGCCUUUCCCUUCAACACCUAAACAAGCCCAUCUUGGAGAACUUAUCAGCGUAUCUUUGGGCUUUGUUUUGUUUUGUUUUUCCAGACAGGGUUUCUCUGUAUAGCCCUGGCUGUCCUGGAACUCACUUUGUAGACCAGGCUGGCCUCGAACUCAGAAAUCCACCUGCCUCUCCCUCCCGAGUGCUGGGAUUGAAGGCGUGCACCACCACGCCCAGCAUCUUUGAGCAUUUUUAUUUCGAUGAAGUGAUAAAGCUGGGCUGUAGCUGAGUGGAGAAGCACUGCCCAGCCAGUGUGAGGUCGCGCUUUCUACUGCAGCACCACUGCCAAGAAAGCAGCAUUGCAUAUGCGAUCUGAGGGGCGACCUGAAUGUUAAGGGGGAAAAAAAAUAACAAGUGCUGCCCGGCACUGCUAGACAGUUUCCUCUCAGCUCUCAGGACCCACCUCUUUACCAAACUGUGAACCCAAUCUCAGGGAAAGGAAUCAAGAGUAAUAUAAAUUUUGAAUGUAUUGAUAAUGGCAUUAUAACUUCAGGACCAGGUGAUUUUUUUUUUUUUUUUGGUUGUACCUACAAGAGUUUUCUUUAUGUGAACAUUGGUUGCUUCCCACCAGAUGGCUCCAGAAGUAAGUAUAUGCACUUUCAGAAUCCCUCCCACAGAGCAAGCCAAGGGCCCUGCCCAGUCCCUCCCUCUUGAGCCAUAAAGGACAGUAACACUUUUCAAAGACGGGGUUCACCUUGCAAGUAGACGAUUAAAGUAAAGCUAAGCCAGGUACACAGAACAUCAGCUCUGACUUAUUAAUGGCUGAGGGCAGUCAGCACAGCACUCAUUGAACUGUUGAUUGGAUGAGCAGUCCAUAUUCUGAACUACAGAUCAGAAGCCACAGGCAGGGACAAUAGCAAACAUCUCUUUGUGACAAACCUUUGCGGAAAAGUGGGGGUACACUGAAUAAAAGAUGGAAAGAAAUGGUUUAGUUAUAGUGGUUAUGUUGUAUAGUUGUAUAUCUGGAUUGUCUAAGACUUGGGAAAACAUGAGUCUAUGCAGGUUUAGAAUUCUGGGGUAAAUUCUGGAGGAAAAAUGGCAACAAAUCCUGUCUCCUGAAAAGGGUUAAAACCUGGGAAAGGCAUUAUGAUUUCAGAAGUCUAACCUGCUGGUGAAGAUGAAGUUUAAGAGUUAAAGUUAGGGGAAAUAAAAUUAGUACUACUAACCUA